UCUUUGUUCAAGGUUUCCAAACCCUAAUACCCAUCAACCACUCAUUUUCAAUUCCCAACGCCGAUUCCAAGCAAGCCUCAAUGCAAAUAUCCAUGGCCGUCAGGGUUUAAGAGGAUUUGAAGAGCUAGGAGAUGGUCAGAGCUCUAUAUAUUUUUUCUAAUCUAAUUACGAGACUUUGAUUAGAUUCACUGCAAAAAAAAUGGAGCUUCAAGAGGCUGAAAGGACGGUUAUAGCAAAACCAGUUGCUUCAAGGCCUACCAUUUCCAAUUUCAGAUCAUUCUCUGAGCUCCUUGCUGGUGCCACUAAUGGCUCACCCUUGUUGGAACCCACGAUUACUGCCAUCAGACCGAAGACGGUGAGGUUCAAGCAUGUCACGAACUCUCAACCGGUUGAGACGGUUUCUUCUCAGGCACAGUUAGACAGAACUCAAGCUUCCCAUUUGUCUGAUAAGAUUGUGAAAUCAAACCACACAUCUCCUUUGCUAUACAAACCCUUGGCAAAGACGGUAUCAAGAACAACCAUUAGUCUGUUGGCAAACAUGGGAACCUUUAAUACAAGUCGUGAACAAGCACUAGCUGCUUCACAAUCAGAGAAUGCGAAAGGCAUUAAUCCUCCAAAAUUGACUCCCAUGAAGUCUGGAAAUGAUAAAAGAUCGCAGUUUCACACAAAUAACAGCGAUCGGCCUUCUUACGACGGAUAUAAUUGGAGGAAAUACGGACAAAAGCAAGUAAAAGGAAGUGAUUACCCAAGAAGUUACUACAAGUGCACCCACCCCAAUUGCCUGGUAAAAAAGAAGGUUGAAAGAUCAAUAGAUGGGGAGAUAGCUGAAAUCGUGUAUAAGGGUGAGCAUAAUCAUUCAAAGCCCCGACUUCCUAGGCGUCAUGCUUUUGAUGGGACUAGUGAAGGUUCAAACACCCAAUUGCCAAACAAUCAACUCAAUAACGAUAAUGAAGGUUCUGAAGGCGGCACAGGAAUUAAGAUCGAUGAAGUUCUUGGAUCGUCUUCACAUUUGACCAAUUUGGUCAAAGUCCAAGAAUCUUACAAUCAUGUUUCAAGUGAAGCAGUUGAUGCGUGUAUGCCAACUCUUGAUCGUUUUUGUGGUGUGGCUCGGGUUCAUGAUGAAUCCGCAAGUAAAAGAAGGAAAAGUUCGAGUAUAUUAAAUGAACCUUAUGGGGAAGGCUUACAACAGCCUCGAAUUGUUGUUCACGAUGGCACCGAUUCAGAGGCAAUCUCAGAUGGUUUCCGGUGGAGAAAAUAUGGGCAGAAAGUUGUGAAGGGAAAUCCUUAUCCAAGAAGUUACUACAGAUGCACCGGUGUUAAGUGCAAUGUUCGGAAACAUGUGGAAAGAGCAUCGGAUGAUCCAAGUGUUUUCAUCACUACAUAUGAAGGUAAACAUAACCAUGAAAUGCCGAUCAAGAAAUCCAACUAACUGCUCAACUUGUGUUGAAAUUGACCUUCAGAAUCAAGGUUUAAAUUAGCCGAAAAAUAUUCAAAAUUCGGUGGGGUUGAUGGUUUAGAUUCAUUGAGCUCUUUACUCUCAAUUUGUUUAUUUUCAAGAUGAUUAAUGUUAACACUAUUAUCCACUUACUGGGUAAGAUUUUAAUCCAUCAAAACGACAUUGU